AUGAGCUCAUGUGGAUCCCAGGGUCAAGCCCUCCAGCUGUUGGAAAUCAAAGGAAAAGUCUUUCAGCUGAAUGAAGAUGUCUUGAAGGAAACUUUGGAGAGGAAGGAAGUCCAAGACUUGCCUGUGUGUGUGAUCUCCAUUUUUGGAGAACAACGCAAAGGAAAAUCCUUCCUGCUCAACUACUUGUGGAGAAGAUUGGAGCAUGAGGAGAAGUCUCAUGAUGCAUGGAUGGGGAAAAAUAAAGAAAUUCUGAAAGGUUUUGAGUGGCGCAUGUGGGUGGAGCCCACAACCAGAGGACUGUGGAUCUGUAGCAAGCCUUUCAUCCUGAAAGGAAAGUCUGCUAAGGAGGUGGCUGUAUUCCUGGUGGACACGGAGGGGACCAUGGAUGUUGCUGGAAAUAAGGAGAAUAGUGUGAAGAUCUCUACCUUGAACAUGCUGUUUAGCUCCUACCUGGAAGGAAAAAGUUCCCAGGUCUUCUUCGACCUUUUAGCUACCUUCCCCACUGUGAUCACUAUGUUCAUCUCGAAGGCUUUUUAUAUGCCUUCCCUAAACUUUCUCUUCUCCUUGGUAAACUGUCACAGAUCUACUUUCUUCAUGAAUUCUUAUGGAAUUGGAGAUUCAAAAUUACAUUUAACGUUAGAGCAGCAGCGUGCAAAUAACACAAACUUCUUCAAGAACUUUCAACAUCACAGCUGUCUGUUGUCACACAUAGCAGUGUGA